AUGUCGAAAAAAACAGAUGAGACUGAAAACAGCCCUGCUUGGUGUAACCAGAAUGCUAUAACUGCAGAUGUGGUACCCGAUGUGCUGUCGAAGAUCAGGGUCUUGAACCUAAAUGCAAGAAUUGAAAACCAACCUACCACAAUUGAUGAAAGUUCCAGUGCGGUUUUGAAGUACCAAACACCAAAUUUCCGAGUUUCAGCCACUGUAGAGAUGGCCCCAAUGCCAGAAGAACAUAAGUGGAAGGUUGGCUGGAUACAAGCCUGUACUGAUAUGAUGUUCCAUAAUACAUAUGGAGAUGAAGGAUAUACAAGUUGGGAAUUUCCUGAACUGACCAGUGGCCAACAAAUAAUGAUAAGCGAUUGUGAUGGCCAUCAUUACCCAUGGUAUGGAUCUCGCAAUGAGACUGUCGUGUUCCAGGGUCCAUGUACUAUGUAUCAGUCUGCCAGCAUUAGCAUGAAUGACAACUUCCAUCCUCACGUGACAUGGCGUAACCCAGCAAACCGUAGCCAAAAUGAACCAAACCUGACCAAGAUUGUCCGUGAUCAGACCUUUAAUGUCUGGCUAGUUGCUUGGAAUAUGUCACUGCAAAAGGCUUACAUCCUCAAAACUGUGCGAUGGAACAUGCGUUUGGAUAUUAAAGUUGAUCCAAAGAAACCGUUAGGACAACGGGCAGAGUUAGUCAGCAAUCCAGUUCCCAAGCAGCCAGAGGUACUGGCAGAGAAUAUUUCUCUACCACGGUGUGCUUUGAUGCCUCCAAAUGCCAACAGUGCCCAAAUGCUUGUUUGGAGACCAGCAACUGGACGUCCAUUGUGUGUAAUACCACCAGUAUGGCAGAAUGAUGUUCCAGUAGAAGAUCAAGUGCGAAAAUAUGAUAGUAAACUCUGCAGACUUUGA